CCGUACAGGACCCAUGAGAGACUCUGACCGGCAGCACAUAGCAGCGUACAGGGCCCAGGGUCUAUUUUAGGACCUUGCAGCAGCAAUGGAGCCCGAAUCUGCCAGCACCCUAUGACAAAAUGGAACACACCAGCAUGUAAGGAGACCGAAAGGGGCCCACAGGGCAGAUGUGGGAUGGGGGACAGCACAAUGGGAAAACCCCGGAACAGGGCCCCCAUGAAAAAUUUAAACGGGCCGGGCCAGCAGAAAUGAGGAGGCGGUUACAGGGAACCCAUGCCCAGUUUUACGGGCCUGGCAGAAAGAAAUGGGGGGCCCGUAAUUUUCCAGCACCCAAAUGCCCAAAAAAAACCCCCCCAGCAGGGGAAAGGAGCCCCUGAAAGGGGGAAA